AUGGCCUGCGAGGAGGAAUUCUACUGUGCGCUGCUUACGUUAUUCAACGACCUCAGUUCCAUUUUCGAUCCCAAUAUCGGUUCAUCAACCAUGUUUGAACUGGGUAUCGACGCAGUCCAGAUAGACCUAGAAAGAGAGACUGCAACUGGUGGCCAAUAUUUUCACCCAAUGUCUCUAGCUCAGUGGCAAGCGCUACCCCUUGAAUCAGUACUUAAGUUCUCCUUCAAGUGGCCACGCUCGCUCCCGAACCUAGCCGAUGCACAUGACAUUUCAGAUAGCAUUGAUCGUCGUCUCAACGCUUACAAUGAAGAAGAUGGAAACAAUGUGCAUGACGCUACCGCAUGGGAAGUUAUGUGCUUUGACGACGCACCUGAGGAAAGACUCGUCAAACUGACAGCAUUCGACUGUGAGAUGAGCCACCUGUUGGAGAUCCCUAAUCACCCGCAUCGAGCCUGUGUUUCUUGCCACGAAGUCCCAUACGCAACUGGGUUGCUACGAAACGAACUAAUGCUUCUGAUUGGCAUGAUGAUGAUUAGAAUGUUAAGGAAGGAAAAGGAUUUCGUUGACGAUCAUACUUUCCCGGUUCUAAUGGUCUCCAUUAAUGGAAGAGAGGCACGCCUUAUCCAAGCACACAUCGCACCAGAAGAGCAGCGUAUCAAGAUCCGUUACAGCCAGCUGUUCGAUUUCGACAAUUCUCCUCAAGAAGAAGUCUUGGAUCUGUUUGUACGAUGGUUGUUAAGCAAGCCUCUAUCCCCUGACACAACUUCCUCACAGAAUAAGGAUACCGUAGAGAUGCCUCCAGCCGCAACACUUGAGGUUGCUUUGCCUAUCACGCCAGCCCACCAGGCACCUUUGCCUCCAAGGACAGGUCGUGUCAGGGAGGAUCUUGUGGUGAGCCCAGUCACGAGAUCGCCACAGUCACUGGUCACAGCCAUGUAG